AUGAACAUAAGCACGAACAUGCAAACAGUGCAAAAUGUGAUGGGUAAAGAAAGCGCUGAAAAAACAGCUCGAUCAAUUUUCGUUGGAAAUAUUCCCUACGAAGCAACGGAAGAUAAGCUUAUAGAGUUGUUUUCAAACGCUGGUCCUGUUGUCAGUUUUCGUUUGGUAUAUGAUCGCGAAUCUGGCAAACCAAAGGGCUAUGGAUUUUGUGAAUACGCAAACGCUGCUAUUGCUUCUAGUGCUUUGCGAAACCUUCAGAACAUUGAGUUUAACGGCAGACCACUAAGAGUUGGGGCUGCUGCUGGUGAACAGAACUCAGCUGAAAUCGCCUUAGCUAACCCUUUUGUUGGUCCCCCAGUUGAACAACCUUAUGGGGACCGUUGCGAUCCAUCAGAGGCUCCAGAAAUCAUCAGUCGUGCUGUAGCGAGUCUCCCUCCAGAACAGAUGUAUAACCUCAUGGUUCAAAUGAAACUUUGUAUUCAGAAUAACCCGAAUGAAGCACGAACUAUGCUCCUUCAUAAUCCACAACUUGCUUACGCUUUACUACAGGCUCAAGUUGUUAUGAAGAUUGUUGACCCCAAGGUUGCCAUUGCAAUGCUGAAUCGUACUCAUGAGCAGAUUCCACCCCUUAAACCAGAUUCAAAUGUCCCUAGUUCUGCUGAGACAGCGGCCACAAAUGUCGAACCUCCUCGGAUUCAUCAGUCUUUCCCAAUAAAUGGCGCUCCUUUCCCAAAUCAACCGCCUUCAUACCCCCCUGAGCAAGCUGGUGAGCAUUUUCGAAUUAUUCUUUCUUAUCACUUUUAUUUGAAGGAAAGAAUCCCUAGUCUUUUCUAA